ACUCACCGAAGUCUGCUGUCUUUGGGUCUUGUUGCCUUCUGUCGGCGAUUCAAAGCUUAUCUCAUCACCUAGAUUCCUCGUUAGGUACCCGGCUAGGCUCUGACAGUGUAGGGCUACCUUCCCUUGCAGGAAUUCUCAUUUCAUUCUUAUCCAUGGCCGCGCCAGGGACUUUUCUUAAUUAGUAAACCUCUCAUUGGUUUAAUACUUUGUUUUCAUUCUCGCUUCUCUCGCAAAGUGAUUCUCUGAUUUCGGGCUUUAGAGAGAGUAUCUACAUUUUUCCGCCAUGGUCGAGAGGAAACUAUUCAAGACGAAGCUGUGCGUUUUGUACCAGAAGGGCCGCUGCACGCGCCAGAGUUGCUCGUUUGCGCACGGCGACUCGGAGCUCCGGGGAUUCUCUGGUUCCUAUACUGGAAUAUAUAUAUUCCUUGAUAUAUGGUUAGUGGCUUUCUUCUUCAGAACGGAUUAUGUUGGUUGGUUGUUUUAUCUUAAAGCCGAUUGUGGUGUUUACUUGGAGAGCUUUAUCAUUGCCAUAAUGCAUCUACAGACCAUCAAAGUUUUCUUAACAGACCAUGAUAUAUCUUCUUCCAUGUUAACCACAAAGGGAGGUUUGGUUAAAGGUUCAAAUGCAAUUGCAGCAACUUAUGAUACUACUUUUUCAACAAGCUUAUUGGACCUUGUUGAUCUUUGUGACAAAGACAAGGAUGCCACCUCAUCUUUAUUGGAUUCUACGCUGAAGUGUGAAGGAUAUUUCAAUGAUCUCAAGAAGAAGAUGGAGAUAUCAGUUCUCCUUUAUCAGAUUUCAUAUAGUGAUGUGAAAUUAAUUCAUAUUGACUUAGUUUGCUGUUUGAAAACUCUUUUCUAUGUUAUUGCAGCUCGACGGGAAUAUCAUGGUAGUGACUUAAGGAAUAAGCUUGACAGGACGCACUCUCCACCACGAAGGUAUACGCCAGUGAGAGAUGCAAGAGGCCGACAAACCCUUUGUGAGUAUAGCUCUACCAUAUCAAUUGAACGGAUGAGAAAACGUAUGAAAAAACAACACUUCAAUGGCAAAGGUGAUUUUUCUGGAAGUUUGAGAAUCUUUGAGCGAACUGAAGAUAGAGUUAAAGAAGGAAAAAUUGCAUCCACUGAUUCCAGGGAUGAUCUCAAGGAUCAGUUAAAGAAAAUGCAGUCGGAUAUUAACAUGCUUGAACAUCACAAAAUUCAGCUAGGGGUCUAUCUAGAAGAGGGGGUCCAGGAAGCAGAUAGUCUGUCUUCUAGAAUUCAGGAGCUUGAGGCUCAAUUAUACAAAGAGAAAGAGGAAUGUAAAAGGAUCACCUCAAGAAUGAAGAAGUUUGUGAAGGUACAUAAUCGUCAUUCACGGAUACAAGAUGAACUGAAGAGGUCACAAGUGCGACUUCAAAAGUUGGGAGAUCAGCUUGGGUCAGAUAUUACUAGAAAUGGUGCCAACGAAGAGGAUUCCAUAAAUAUCGUGAGUGAUGGAGAAACUAAUGGUUUUCCUGUAACCAAUCCACACAAUGAUUUGCAGAAUGAUGCUUCUUCCGGCAAGAAAAGGCUGUGUGCCUCACGUGUCGAACCAGCUGAUUCAACAAGAUUAGGACAUCUGGACGACACAAUCAGAUUCAAGAAGCUUUCUAGGUGGAAUCUGCAACCUGUCCAGUCAAAUGAAAGUAAUGAAGUUGAGGCAUUGCAUAAUGGAACUGACAGUGCUAAGAGCCUAGCAAAGGAAGGCAAGAAUAAGCGAGGAAAGACUGUUCUUACAAGCAUCCUCAAUGCAGAUAAGAUGAAGGCUUUGGAUUCAGCGCUUGUACCAUCGACCAGCAUGGCUGCUCAUGUAGAAGACGAAGAGGUUGAGAUUGAAUUGGACAGACUUGAGGUAAAUGAACCUGCAGCUACAGGAAUUGGGAAAGGACCUGCAAAUGAGAUCAUGGGUGUGCUUCCAUUUCAACUUCCCCCACCACCUCCAAUCCGUCGGAAUGGUUAUUUGCUGUAUGAGGGUGACAAUGAGAAUGUAGAUGUGGAUGCGCUCGAAGAAGAGAUUGAGAAUGUUGACAUUAUUUAAAAUUUUUAAUAGCAGUAAGAGUUUUGAUGGUUAUAUUAGUAUACAUAGCCCUUUUCAUACAUGGUCGUUGGUCGUGUGUUAUUAGUAGAAGCAUGGAGUGUGGAGCAUUUAUGU